ACCUUUGGGGGGCGUGGCGGUGAGGGGACCCCCAAAACCUGGGCUGGGAAUGUGGGACCCCAAACACGGGGGGAAACGGGGACCCCACGGGACGGGGUGGCUGAGGGAGAGACCCCACAACCUGGGGGGGGAAUGGGAGACCCCAAACCUGGGGGCAGUGUGAGGGACCCCAGAGGGCAGGGGGGCUGCACUGACCCCUUCCCCCACAGCCCCUCGGACGCCGGCCCCGGGGCGGAGCGGGUGCCGUGCAGGGGCACCGUCUGCAUCUCAGACCUGCGCAUCCCGCUGAUGUGGAAGGACACCGAGUACUUCAGGAACAAGGGGGAGCUGCACCGCUGUGCCGUGUUCCUGCUGCUGCAGGUGGGGGCCGAGAUCCACGACACCCCCACGGUGCUGGUGGACAGGACCCUCACCGACAUCUGCUUCGAGGGAGCCGUGCUCUUGUGAGGGGGGCACGGGGCCCCGACAGCCCUGCACACCCUGGGGGACCCUGACCCCCCUCGGGACCC